GAGGAGCUGGAGCAGCAGCAGCAACGGAGAAACGUGCUGCAGCAACUUUCUGCAGCAGAUUUGCCAUUUACUGCUUCGACUUCCUUCUUGGAGGCCUUGGGCUUUCUGCUGCAGCAGGUUCACAGCAGCAGCAGCAGCACUGGCGGGGAGCAGGCCUGAGGCAGCAGCGCAUCCAGACGGGCAAUGCCUGGGGAGCUCAAACAGAGCAGCAGCAGCAGCAGCAGCAGCAGCAGCAGGGAGAAAACCCAAUGGACCCACCUUGUGCCCGCGACGCUAUCAAGCAGCUUGUGGCCGAAAGGUCACGGCUGGAGCUGCAGCAGCUGUCGCUGCUAGGAAGAGACUUGUCUCCCUUUGUCACCAACACAAAACUGCUGGAAGAGUGCCAGGCCUUGGGGCCUGCCUUUUACUGCCUGCGCCGGGGCGUGGGUGGCGAAUCUGCUGCUGCUGCUGCUGCUCUUGCUGAUUGGCUGCAGCGCUGCAGCAGCGUGCUAAGUGCAGCAACAUCAAAAGAUAUAGCUCUGCUGGCAGCUUAUACUGAGGCCUGCAGCAACCGCUUGCCCCAAGCAGUUCUGACGAAAGGCAGCAGCAAACACAAGCCCUCGGCGCUGCUGUCUCGAGUUGCUGGCCGAAAGUCCCGCAGCAAAGUGCUGAAGUCGAUGAGGUACUUCGCGCCGCAGACGGAGGAGGGCGAGCUGCUGCAGCAGCUGGACAUAGUGACGCAGCUGCUGCACGAGCUGCACACGAAGCCGAGCAGCAGCAUGAACGAAAUCCUGGAGUCCGUGUCGAAGGCCGUGGGGUUUGAACUCGAAGAAGAAGAAAUGAAAGAACUUACGGGACAAAUGAAAUGGGCCCACGACUUGAUGGAGAAGAUUUUGCCUUUGUUUCCGAAGGCGCUGAAGCCGGGGAAGGCGGAGGAGCUCUAG